GUGGGCCCCCGGUUACCGCCCCCUCAGGAGCCACCAUGUUGGUGAUACCCCCCGGACUGAGCGAGGAGGAGGAGGCUCUGCAGAAGAAAUUCAACAAACUCAAGAAAAAGAAAAAGGCAUUGCUGGCUCUGAAGAAGCAAAGUAGUAGCAGCACAGCCAGCCAAGGCGGUGUGAAACGCUCACUGUCGGAACAGCCUGUGGUGGACACAGCCACGGCAACAGAGCAGGCAAAGCAGCUAGUGAAGUCAGGAGCCAUCAGUGCCAUCAAGGCUGAGACCAAGAACUCAGGCUUCAAGCGUUCUCGAACCCUAGAGGGGAAGUUAAAGGACCCUGAGAAGGGGCCAGUUCCCACUUUCCAGCCGUUCCAAAGAAGCAUAUCUGCCGAUGAUGAUCUGCAGGAGUCGUCCAGACGCCCCCAAAGGAAAUCUCUGUAUGAGAGUUUUGUGUCUUCCAGUGAUCGGCUUCGGGAACUGGGGCCAGAUGGGGAGGAGGCAGAGGGCCCAGGGGCUGGUGAUGGUCCCCCUCGAAGCUUUGACUGGGGCUAUGAAGAACGUGGUGGUGCCCGCUCCUCAACCUCCCCCCCACGAAGCCGCAGCCGGGACCACAGUCGUGAGCGGAACCGGGACAGAGACCGUGAUCGAGAACGGGAUCGAGACCGUGAUCGGGACAGGGACCGCGAUCGGGACAGGGACCGCGAUCGAGAACGAGAGGGCCCUUUCCGCAGGUCGGAUUCAUUCCCUGAACGCAGGGCCCCUCGGAAGGGUAAUACUCUCUAUGUGUAUGGAGAGGACAUGACGCCCACCCUCCUUCGUGGGGCCUUCUCUCCCUUUGGAAACAUCAUUGACCUCUCCAUGGACCCACCCAGAAACUGUGCCUUCGUCACCUAUGAAAAGAUGGAGUCAGCAGAUCAGGCCGUUGCUGAGCUCAAUGGGACCCAGGUGGAGUCUGUACAGCUCAAAGUCAGCAUUGCCCGCAAGCAGCCCAUGCUGGACGCUGCCACUGGCAAGUCUGUCUGGGGCUCUCUCGCUGUCCAGAAUAGCCCUAAGGGUUGCCAUCGGGACAAGAGGACCCAGAUUGUCUACAGCGAUGAUGUCUACAAGGAAAACCUUGUGGAUGGCUUCUAGGGAAUGGAGCUGUAUUCCGUGUGCCUCAUCUGCGCCAACACUUGGUCUCAGUAAAACACUGAGGUGGAAGCUCACA